GUUUGUAAUUGUGGACACAAAUUCACCAUCGUGACGUCUGGUACCAUCUGAUGCACAUGGACAACUCUGACUGAUGCAAAACAGGACUCUCAACCGGACUGAUUUCAGUUGUCCACUUCACUUUCGACUCGUUGUGAGAUUGCGGCAGAAACUGGACUGCUGUGCAGAAACUGAACUGCUGUGCAGCCACGCGGCGUCUGCAUGAGGGAUCUGCAGGAAAAAAACAAAACCCGUGAAUCAUUUAACCCUUUUGUGGAAGAAAAUUGGACAAACAUUGGCACCUAAUUCUUCGAUACCAAGAAUGUCAGCCGGCGAGGCCUUCGUGACCUUGGCCACCACAGAUGACUACUGUAUGGGAGCUGUGGUCCUGGCCCGGAGUGUGCGGCGACAUGGGACCACACGUCACAUAGUCAUCCUAGUUUCCUCUAACGUGUCUCGGGAGUCGCGGCUCUCCCUGGAACAAGUGUUCGAUGAGGUCAUCCCGGUAGAUGUGAUGGACAGCGGGGACCGGGCGCACCUCUCCUUGCUGGGACGUCCGGAGUUGGGGGUCACCUUCACGAAGCUCCAUUGCUGGACACUCACCCAGUACAGCAAAUGCGUCUUCCUAGAUGCCGACACACUCGUGCUGUGUAACGUGGACGAGCUGUUUGAAAGAGAGGAACUGUCGGCCGCCCCGGACCCUGGCUGGCCGGACUGCUUCAACUCCGGGGUGUUUGUCUUUCGGCCCUCCCUGGACACCCACGCCAGGCUCGUGGAGCAUGCCCAGAAGCACGGCAGCUUUGAUGGAGGGGACCAGGGACUCCUAAACACCUUCUUCGGCAGCUGGGCAGCUGAGGACAUCAGCAAACACUUGCCCUUCAUUUACAACCUCAGCGCCAACGCGGUUUACACCUACCUUCCUGCUUUUCAACAGUAUGGCCACAAUGCAAAAAUUGUUCAUUUCCUAGGGGCGGUUAAACCAUGGAGCUGCCGUUCUGAUGCACAGACGGAGGGGUACACAGGUAACGGCAUAGGCCGGUUUGUGACCCUGUGGUGGAAAGAGUUCCUCAGCCAUGCAGAGGCCACCGCUGCCACUGUGCCACCGCCGCCACAGACGUGUGACGAUUUGGAGAAGCUGCAACAAAGUCAGGCAAAAGAAGCAAAGGUGCCUUUCAGAGGGAAGUUGGAUACCCAUAAUUCACUACUUGCACAUUUUUCACAGCCCACAGAUGGGCCCCAUCCACCUCCUGAAGUAGCGGAGACGCGUUUUCAACCGGGGGACGUCUUGCUGGAGGAUGAGGGACUAAGCUGUGAGGAGAUGGAGGACCAGCGCCCGUCAAGCUGCACAGAGGGCAGCGAUGCCGAUUCAGAUACCAACUCAGAUAAUGCUUUGCAGAGGGCCGCGGAGACAGAGGCAGAGCAACUGGAGCAUCGCCGGCUGUGGGAGACGGGCCGAGCAGACUACCUGGGCAGGGACGCCUUCCAUAACAUCCAGAGGAAACUGGACGCCUUCCUGAAUUAGCAACUGUCACAGAUGAACGGGCCCCGUAUUUUCAAAAGCAGACUUGGCUCAGUUUUUAAUUUGCAUCCACUCACUCACUAUGGGCUCUAAGAGCAUGACAUCGCUGCCCUAGUCGCUAAUUAAA